AUGGUUCUGGAGUUACACGUUUGGGGGCCUGCUUUUGGCCUACCUUCGAUCGAUCCGCAAUGUCUGGCUACCAUCGCCUACUUCUCUCUUGCUAUCGGCCCGAAUAAUGGCGGACCAGACGAAUGGGUGCUUGUUGCAGACAGUGAUCCUGGAAGAGUACCAACACAUGAACUGCCGGCACUUUGGACAGGCUCACGAUGGAUCAGUCGAUACCGCAAUAUCAUUCAUUAUUUGAAGCAGUUCUCUGAAGGGAAAUGGGACCUUGAUGGGUGGAUGGGCGAGAAGGAAAGGGCAGAUUGCAUCGUAUUUUCAAGCUUUAUUGAAUCCUAUGGACAACCGUUAAUCGACCUCUCGCUAUACGUUUCGAGUGAAAACUACUAUGCUAUUACUUCACCUGCAUAUGGAUCCCUCCUCCAAUGGCCAAACCAGUGGAUAUUGCCGCCACAGCUACGGGCAAUGGCAAAGACGCGGACUGAACACCUCGGCCUAUCAUACCUUGACCUUGAUGCCGCAGAGGAGAAACAAAAGGAGCAGCAGGAUGGGAGACAGACGCCAUCUGCGUCCAGUCAGAUACCAAAGAGUCUUGCUACAAAGCCCCGCGACACGAUAAGUGGUCUCCUAAGUAAAACAUCACAGCAGAGUCGCAUCCGGUUAGAUGGAUUAACGGAGACAUUCGUGAGCCCACUGGAAGAGCUGCGGAACGGGAAGGGAUACCUCUUGACCGAGGAUACGCCGUGUAGUCUAGAUUGUUUGGCCCUGGGAUACCUAUCACUUGCGCUUGUUCCGGAGACGCCAUCAGCAUGGCUUCGAGAAGGCGUACAUAAAUAUUCUCCACGACUGGUACAGUAUUUUGAGCAGAUGCAAUUGAAAUGUUACGGCGGAAAGGUUGAAUCAGUCGACACUGGUCGGGCAGCGGCUACUUUGCCUUGGCAGGAAUCCGAGCCCGCAACUAUUGCAGGGAUUGGGCUUAGAAUCGCAGAGUCACUCGCAGAUGCCAUCCCAAUUGUGAGAGACCUCCGGGCCAGCUUGCGCAUGCAACAGUUGAGCAAAGCCGCGUCCGGCGAGCAGGAACAAAAGGCCACGAUGGCAAUCGCCCAAUUCAUGCGUCGGGAAGCUAUAGUAUCAACUUUGACGGUGGUAACCGGGCUUGGGAUGUUUGCCUGGUAUGCCGUCGCAGGGAUGAACCUGCAGUUUCCUGACAGCACGCAAGUGCAAGACGAAAACGGAGACGAUUCUGAAGCUGCUGAACAAGGAGCAGUGGAAGAAACCUCAAGCUCACCGUUUGGAGAAGCUGGUAAAGUGCUCGGAAUCUAG